CCGCUGUGAUUAUCAGGAAGUUUGGGCGGUGGUGAAUCGUCAAAGAAGGUUUGUGCUGCUUUGGGUUUGUCGUCUGUUGGGGCCUCAGGUAAAAAAAAGCAAAAAUGUCGAGCAAAAGGGCGAAAAAGACCACCAAGAAGCGCCCACAGCGCGCCACGUCCAAUGUCUUCGCCAUGUUUGACCAGUCUCAGAUCCAGGAGUUCAAGGAGGCGUUCAACAUGAUUGACCAGAAUCGGGAUGGCUUCGUCGACAAAGAGGACCUGCACGACAUGCUGGCGUCUCUGGGGAAAAACCCCCCAGAGGACUACCUGGAAGCCAUGAUGACUGAGGCCCCUGGUCCCAUUAACUUCACUAUGUUCCUCACCAUGUUUGGAGAGAAACUCAAUGGCACAGAUCCAGAGGAUGUCAUCAGAAACGCCUUUGCUUGCUUUGAUGAGGAGGGAACAGGAUCUAUCCACGAAGACUAUUUGAGAGAGUUGCUGACCACCAUGGGUGACCGAUUCACAGAUGACGAGGUGGACGAGCUCUUCAGAGAAGCUCCCAUUGACAAAAAGAGCAACUUCAACUAUGUGGAGUUCACACGCAUCCUCAAGCAUGGAGCCAAGGACAAAGAUGAUUAGAUACCGACAGUGUAAAUAGAAAGUUAAAUAUAUGCAAAUAUCUUUGUUCAUAUUAUACCAUCAUGUUUGUCUUUUUACCAGAUUAGAACAUCUUGUUGUGCAUGCCUUAGCAUUAAAGCAGGACCACUCAAAACAAGGCAAAACAAACUAAAGGCUAUUGACCAUAUUUAUGAGCCUCCUCCAUUUCACCUCUCUUAGAUUUGUACAUUGGCUACAAACUGAAGGCUGGCGGUUAAAUUGCAAUACGGGGUGUGUGUCCACUGGCAUAUGUAAACUGUUCAAUACAUGAAAGUGGCAAGAAAUCAAAUUCUGGAAAAUAAGUCUUUGUUAACCUAAUGGCCUGAUUUAGCUGGAUUUUUACAUUUUGUAUUAAACUUAAAACUUUUGAAGUAAAGUUCUUGAUCAAUUUA